UGCAACUACACCAGGCAGGGCGGAACUGCUGUGUGCAGUAAAUCGAAGGAGGACGGACAGUCAGGCAUAGUUACAUCUUAACUUAACAUCUAAGCUGUUAACAUGCCAGUGUGCUAGAUUAAAUCCCCAGUUUUUGUAACGACAUCGCGGAGAGUGUCGCGGCUUGUUUGUGGGUUUUUUGGAAGUGUUUGAAAUUCCCUCACAUUCUCCCAACGUAUUUUCACGAAGGGAGGCGGCGGUGGAGCUCUCGGCACGGCAGCCAUCUUUGGACCUGCCUGGGAGUGGGAUUCGACUAUUCUGGCACCCCAGUUACUUCGAGGGUGGGGAUUUUUUUAACCUAAUAAUAAUUCACAAAUCUGUAUGUUAUAAUCGACUGACAGCGUUACGAACAACAAGGAUUUUGUGUACGAAGGUACCGCACCGGGGAUGAAAGAGGAAGAAUACUUGUAUAAUCCCAAACUGUUUUGAAAUACACGACAUUCUCUACAGUCCUGAAACCUGGCCUGUCAGGAAAGGCUCUGAACACAUAUGAGACCGCUGUCCUGCAGAUGAGCCAUCGGUGGGGGCUUUCAAGUCGCUGUCGCAGACCCAGAUAGUUCCUGGCGGCAGCGGCAUUGCCCCCACUCCCCAGUAUGCCCAACAGCAGUCGGGCGGGGAGUCUGAAGGACCCCGAAAUUGCUGAUCUCUUCUUCAAGGAAGACCCAGAAAAGCUCUAUGCAGACCUGCGUGAGAUCGGACAUGGCAGCUUUGGUGCUGUAUAUUUUGCACGGGAUGAGCGGACAAAUGAGGUGGUGGCCAUCAAGAAAAUGUCUUAUAGUGGAAAGCAGUCCAGUGAGAAAUGGCAAGACAUUAUCAAGGAGGUGAAAUUCCUGCAGAGAGUACAACACCCAAACAGCAUAGAGUACAAAGGAUGUUACCUGCGAGAGCACACUGCCUGGCUGGUAAUGGAAUACUGUCUAGGCUCUGCUUCAGAUUUGUUAGAAGUUCACAAGAAACCUCUGCAAGAAGUUGAAAUAGCUGCAAUUACCCAUGGUGCUCUUAAGGGGUUGUCUUAUCUUCACUCCCACAACAUGAUUCACCGAGAUAUCAAGGCAGGAAAUGUCUUGCUGACAGAGCCAGGGCAGGUGAAACUAGCAGAUUUUGGUUCUGCCUCCAUCGCCUGUCCUGCCAACUCCUUUGUUGGGACUCCAUAUUGGAUGGCUCCAGAAGUAAUUUUAGCUAUGGAUGAGGGUCAGUAUGAUGGAAAGGUGGACAUUUGGUCUUUGGGAAUAACCUGCAUUGAAUUAGCUGAGAGGAAGCCUCCACUGUUCAACAUGAAUGCAAUGAGUGCCUUAUACCAUAUAGCACAGAAUGAGAGCCCCACCCUGCAGUCUAGUGAAUGGACGGAAUAUUUCCGAAACUUUGUAGAUUCUUGCCUUCAGAAAUUACCCCAGGAUAGGCCAAACUCUGAGGAGCUCUUAAAGCAUGCAUUUGUCCAACGUGAGCGACCAGAAUCAGUUCUAAUAGACCUGAUAAAUCGGACUAAGGAUGCAGUGCGGGAGCUGGACAAUCUGCAGUAUCGUAAAAUGAAGAAGAUCUUAUUUCAGGAAGCCCACAAUGGCCCGACAACUGAGGCACAAGAUGAAGAGGAGGAGCCAGAACACAGUGUGGGUAGGACGGGUACAGUGAACAGUGUGGGGAGCAACCAAUCCAUACCCAGUAUGUCAAUCAGUGCCAGUUCCCAGAGCAGCUCUGUCAACAGUCUUACGGAUGCAGGUGAUGACAAGAGUGAGGUGGACAUGGAGGGAGACCACACAGUCAUGUCAAACAGCUCUGUGAUACACCUCAAGCCGGAGGAAGAGACAUAUAAUGAAGAGUCAGAACCUCACACCCGGCCAGCUGAGCCACAGUCCCCGCCUGCACCCACUCCACGGCCAAAACGGAACCGCGAACACUUUGCUACUAUACGCACAGCCUCAGUGCUCACUCGCCAAAUCAAGGAGCAUGAGCAGGAUUCUGAGUUAAGAGAGCAGAUACUGGGCUACAAGCGCAUGAGGCGGCAGCACCAGAAACAGCUGAUGGCUCUGGAAAACAAGCUGAAGGCUGAGAUGGAUGAGCACAGACUUCGCCUUGACAAGGAGCUAGAGAACCAGAGGAAUAAUUUUGCCCAGGAGAUGGAGAAACUGAUCAAGAAGCACCAGGCGUCCAUGGAGAAAGAUGCAAAAACAUUUAGCAAUGAUGAAAAGAAGUUCCAACAACAUAUUCAGAACCAGCAGAAGAAAGAGCUCAACAGCUUCCUCGAAUCCCAAAAACGGGAGUACAAACUUCGCAAGGAACAACUCAAAGAGGAGUUAAAUGAAAACCAGUCAACACCCAAGAAGGAAAAGCAGGAGUGGUUGUCGAAGCAGAAGGAAAAUUUCCAACACUUCCAAGCAGAGGAAGAGGCUAACUUACAGCGCAGACAGAGGCAGUAUCUGGAGCUGGAAUGCCGCAGGUUCAAACGGAGGAUCUUGAUCGCUCGCCACAAUAUUGAACAGGACUUAGUGCGUGAGGAGCUAAACAAGCGUCAGACCCAGAAGGACCUGGAACAUGCUAUGCUUCUUCGGCACCACGAGUCCAUGCAAGAGCUGGAGUUCCGCCAGCUCAACACCAUCCAAAAGACUAGGGUUGAGCUGAUCCGCCUGCAGCACCAGACGGAGCUCACCAAUCAGCAGGAGUACAACAAGAGGAGGGAGAGGGAACUUCGACGCAAGCACGUUAUGGAGGUUCGCCAACAACCCAAGAGUCUCAAGUCCAAAGAGCUACAGAUCAAGAAGCAGUUCCAGGACACAUGUAAGAUCCAGACCAGGCAGUACAAGGCACUGAGGAACCAUCUGUUGGAGAACACACCAAAGUCAGAGCACAAGGCUGUCCUUAAACGGCUGAAGCAGGAGCAACACCGCAAACUCGCCAUUUUGGCAGAGCAGUAUGACCACUCCAUUAAUGAGAUGCUUUCCACUCAGGCGCUACGCCUGGAUGAGACUCAGGAGGCUCAGGGCCAAGCCCUACGAAUACAGCUACAGCAGGAGCUGGAGCUUCUCAACGCCUACCAGAGCAAGAUCAAGAUGCAGACCGAUGCCCAGCACGAACGCGAGAAGAAGGACCUGGAGCAGAGGGUGUCACUCCGAAGGGCCCUGCUGGAACAGAAGAUUGAAGAGGAGAUGCUCUCCUUGCAGAAUGAACGCUUGGAGCGAAUCCGGGGCUUGCUGGAACGUCAAGCCCGAGAAGUUGAGGCUUUUGACUCAGAGAGUAUGCGCCUGGGCUUCAGCAACAUGGUGCUAUCAAACAUCUCCCCAGAGGGCCUCAGCAAUAGCUUUCCCGGGGCUUCAGGAAGUUGGAGUCAUCAACAACAGCACCCAUCUGGCAGUGCUCAAGGGCCACACUGGGGCAGUGGCAGUCUUGGCUCAGGGUCAAGCCACCAAGGCAGCCGUCACCACUCUCACUCCAGUCCGGGAGGGGCACCUAUGCAGCAAGGCUGGGGGCAGGGCAUGCAGGGAGGUGGGAGUCCAUCACCAUGGGGCCACUCAUCAGCAGGAGCCCUGGUCACCCGCGUCAGUGGAGGUGUACAGAACAGCCCCCAAGCAAUGGGGAGGACACCCUCAGGAGGGCGCAGUGAGCAGGCCAUGAGCAGGAGUACCAGUGUCACCUCUCAAAUAUCUAACGGGUCACACCUCUCCUACACAUAGAGUAUUGGCUGAGCUCUGCGGCUCUGUCUCUCUCCCAUGUACAGAUGUGGCUGUGUGAUGAAAUAAAUGUUGCUCAGGUCAAAAGGGCUGGAAGAGACGCAGCCCGUCCUCACGGCAGUUUAUCGGCACACAUACAGAUCCUUAAAUUUAUGUUACAUAAGCAAUUUGAGUGUCAACACAUAAUACUCCCAUUUGUUUUCAUUUACAGCUCUCUUUUGGAAUUUUUAAAAUAUAUGUUGCUAUUCACAGCCAUUGCUCUCAUUUUGCACAUGAAACACUGUUAAAAAGCCUUUAACAUGUGUUAACUAUGUCCUUAGAAAUAUCAAACAAUCACAGUAAACUGAUUUUAUUUAGCAGCCCCCUCCUUCACUCUCCCGAUUCAUAUUCAGUUAUACACUGGUUGAUUAUUUGACGGUGGUUAGAAAUGCAGCAGACCCGACUAAAGAUGCUUUGCUGUUGUGAUACCAGCCUGCUGUAAUGGUCAUUGUGAAAGAUGCCUCCUUUUAUUAAGUAGUAGUUUUAGUUUUCACAUAAUGUCCUGAUCAUUAGCCAAAAUGAGACUUUACAAAUUCAGAGCCAAAUAAACCAACUGUUUCAGGCUUGCGCUACAACACUAAUUCAGUGCCUUUUUACCUUUUCAUUAUAGAAAUCGGUCUCAGAUGUUUAUAGUUUAUUAUUUUAAAUUUCAUCAUCAGUUUAUAAUCAGUGCCAGUGUAUAUUUUGUUAAGUCUAUUUUAACACCUGUGAUUUUAGUUCCAGAGGUUCCACAUACUUUUCUCAGAUUAUUAUAUUCACUGUGCAAUAAAGUUGGUUUAAGUCUUAUGAACGGUGGGAAAUAGAAAAGUACUUAUGUAUAUCAGUAACUAUAUUUUAGGUCUUUAGAGUGGUGGUACUCUAGGGGUGAACUUGGAAACCCCUGUGUGACAGAGGAUGUGACUGUACACAUUGACAGGAGGAAUUGUGAGGAAAAAGUAAUUUGCCUUCAAAAACAAUCUUAGUAUUGAUUUGUUGAUAUUUGUUUUUUUUAUAUAUAUUAUUAGUGCCUUUUUAAAACUGCUGCCUUUUUCAAAGCACUUUAUACAGCUAAAUAUGUGUAAAAUUAAUGUUCUUUUUCGCAAAGCACCUGGUAUAUUAGUGUUUUGUUGGUACGUAUGUAGUUAAGAUAAGAAGUUGAAGUAAUCUGUGCUGCGGUUUCUAGGAGCAAUUUCCCAAGUACAGACAAGGCCCUAGUGUAUGUCAACAUACAGUGAGUGAGUGAAACCAUUCCACCCCUUUCUGCAGCUUUUACUGUGUUUUGAAACUCUAGAUGAUGUUGGUUAUCUCCUGUAUGAUUGUGCUGAAUUUUGAAUGAACAGAGCGUGUGAUGAUGCUGCAGUGUUUUUCAGAUACAUUUUGGCUUCAGUUUCCAUAAAACAAACUUAACUGAGUUUAACAGAAAGGAGUCCAUUAUGUGCAGGCAGAUAGCUUAAGGAAAUUGUCAUGACCAUGACAGCAGGCUUGGCACUACUAAGAAAAUUACAACACUGUUAAAAAACGUUGGGCCCAGUUAAGUAACACAAAAAAUGUAAAAGGUGCUAAGUUAUAAAUGUUUCACCAUCUCAUCAGAACUCAAGAACAAGGGUUACUGAAUCAAUCACAUGCUUGCAUGAUAACAUUGUAGCAUAUCCAUGUAAAUGUAAUAUUGAGUCAACGCACACUCUGAAAACAGCCAAAUGCAAAAUAAAUGUGGCAAAAAGCACUUAGGUAUUCCUUUGAUAGCUCUAGCAGCUCCUCUAAUAUCUGUUCCUGUUCGCUCCCUUCAAACUGGUUUGUGUUUGAAAUAUGAUUGGAGAAGUCGGUGUCCUUUCUACAGCUUGUUCAAAUUAGGCUUACCAUUUCCAUAGAGAGAAUUUUAAAACACUAAGUUGAAAAGGCCUUUAAGGAUGAUACCGAGAGGUCCUCCUCUGAAUCACAGAGCUGGAGUUAAAUGUUCAUAUGUGUAUAUUGUACUGAAGAAAACAUUUAACUACUAAACUCACAUUUUAAGAAAAUUAUUUCUAAAACUAACUUUAUUCAACUGACAGGCCACACUGAUAUUAGUAAACCUUUCACUCUCGAAGUGGUGUUGAGUUGUCUGGACAUAGCUCAUUGGAAGAUAUUCUUGGUGUACACAGACAGAAUGCCUCAUAUGCAUGUAGUGGCUGUCAUCUCCUUUUAAAUGCCAUUUAUUUAGUCAACCGGCCAUCUCUGAGCAUUAUCACUGCAGAGUUUUUUCCCCCCAGCACACGUUUAACCAUUUGAUUCAGAGCCACUUUUAGGGUUGCUGGCUCUUCUGAAUAUUAUACUGUGAUAUAUUUCUAUCACAUUUGAGGACACUAAAAUAUUGGCGACUUUUUCUUAAUAGGUGGGAUUAGUAUAUACCCUACCUAGAAAGUAUGCAUUAUAUCAAGUUUCAUAUGGUUUGGUCCCAAAACUCUUUAUUUUCUUUUUCAUGCCAAGUGACUAGCUCCAGCUACUGUAACACAACAGGUUAUAUUCAUCAUUUAUUGAUAUUUGGUAAAGAAAAGGGGAAUGUAUUUAUCAUGAUCGGAAUCUUACCUUAAGUCAAAAGCCAAGGCCAAGAGUUUGAAUGUUGGGCCAUUCAGACCUCACAUACAUGCCAACCUUAAGUUUGUAUGCACAAUUUUUGUUCACUUUAUCUCAAUGUUGUGUGUGAGGGAGUCUGGAUAUUGUUGUCAAUCAUUGUCAGUGAUAAGACCUUUCCACCAACCUGGAUUAAUUUUAUUUUAUUUUUUACUUUAACUUUGAUGUCAAAUUUUGUCCUACUGACUGAAAGCAUAUGGGAUACUGAAUGAGAAUCGGCAACAGAAAAUGGUGAUACUUUUUAUGGUCUAACACUGUGCCAUACCUGAGUUGCCAAGCCCAGAUACCACUGCAUUGUGUCAUGCACCUGGUUUUACCUAUCAUUAGGCUGACACGGUGAAAUGUAUGAAACAUAAAAACAAGUUGGUUCUGGUCUAGUGGCCAAAGGCUUGAACAGAUGAUAUGGUGACAGGCAAAUUAUGAAAAGAGAUUGUAUUUCUUUGAACAUGUCAGUAUUCUUCUUUGGCACAUUACCACUACGACUCAUAACCUGUAUUAAACUGUAUAGAUGGGGGAACUUGUUAUUGAAUGUUAGAGAUUAUGAAGAUACUACAUAAGAGAUGGUUAAGUACUAAAAGUGGAUAUAAAUUGUGUAAAAAGAUUCAUAAAACAGAAUAAAAAUAGGAUCAAAUGUACUAUUUUGUUUGUAUUAUAUUUACCAUUGUGUUGGCAGAGGGAUAUUGAACAGAAAUCAGCUGUAAUAAAGUAAUUUUAGUAUAA